AAGGGCACCUUGCUCUUGAAUAACGGCUUUGCAGUGAUAGCUGCUCUUUUGUUAGCCCUGGGAGAGAAGGCUAGAUCUUUCGAGAUGCUCAUCAUCGGUCGUUUCGUCAUGGGGGUGGACUCUGGUGAGUGCUCUUUCUGCUAGGGUGGAGAAAUCUGACCAUUAUCCCCCAACUAUCUAAAAAUAGUCUCAACCAGGAGAUUCUCAAGACUUGUAGAUGACUCACCAACGACAUACUAUUAUACAAUUAUAGUAAGUAUAUAGAACAAGCCAAGAGAUUAAAUCAGUGCCUAUAACCCAAUACAAUUGUUUCAUUAGGGUGUGUUCAUAUGGGUGAUUUUGAGAAAAUGAACCUGUUGAUUAUAGUACCAAGAUCUAAAAGAACUAGAGCUAAUCGUAAACGCACCAUGUGGUUACAAUAUGUAAGCACAAUAUAGCUGCUGAUGAAGAUGUAAAGGUGAAAAUGUAAAGACGAUACAGGAUCAAUAACACACACAGUUUAUCCUGGAAUCUGUUAUUUUAUAAUAGAUGUUACCGUCAGUGAGAUCCAUCUCCUGGUAUGUGGCGAUUCAACACGCCCCUACCUGUCUAGUGUACAGUGCCUUCAGAAAGUAUUCUUACCCUUUGACUUAUUCCACAUUUUGUUGCUACAGCCUGAAUUCAAAAUGGAUUAAAUAAAAAACAUGUUCUCACCCAUAUACACACAUUACCCCAUAUUAACAAAGUGAAAACAUGUUUUUAGACAUUUUAGCAAAUGUAUUGAAAAUUAAAUACAGAAAUAUAUAAUUAACAUAAGUAUUCACCCACUGAGUCUCUACCCUGUUAUGUUUAUGUUGUGCGGUCGGAGUCCCCACCUUUGGGGGGGGGGGUACUGUCACGCCCCGACUCAGAGGACGCUUGUAUGUUGAGUCAGGGUGUGUAUUUUCCUUGCGGUGUUUGUCCAUGUUGUACAUUCUAUUAUGUGUAUUUCUAUGUUGGCCGGUGUGGUUCCCAAUCAGAGGCAGCUGUAGCUCGUUGUCUCUGAUUGGGGACCAUACUUAGGCAGCCUAUUGGCACUAGUGGGUUGUGGGAUCUUGUUCCAGUUAAGGUAUGUUGUGUUGUUGACCUUAAAACUGAGAAUUGAUCAACAACAUUGUAUUUACUCCACAAUACUUAUCUAAUUAACAGAGUGAAAAGAAAAAAGACUGUAAAGAAUACAAAUAUUCCAAAAAUAUUGAAGUGUUAUGUUUGGAGAAAAUCCAACACCACACAUUACUGGGUACCACUUUCCAUAUGUUGAAGCAUAGUGGUGGCUGCAUCAUGUUAUGGGUAUGCUUGUAAUCGUUAAGGAUGAAAAAAAAAUUAACAGAAUGGAGCUAAGCACAGGCAAAAUCAUAGAGGAAAACCUGGUUCAGUCUGCUUUCCGCCAGAUACUGGGAGAUGAAUUCACCUUUCAGCAGGACAAUAACCUAAAAUCUACACAACAAAUAUACAGGACAAAUCUACACUGGAGUUGCUUACCAAGAUGACAGUGAAUGUUCCUGAGUGGCCAAGUUACAGUUUUGACUUAAAUCUACUUGAAAAUAUAUGGCAAGACCUGCAUAUUUAUUUCUAUCAAUGAUGAACAACCAAUUUGACAGAGCUUGAAGAAUUUAGGAAAGAAUAAUGUGCAAAUGUUGCACAAUGCAGGUGUGGAAAGCUCUUAGAGAUUUACCCAGAAAGACUCACAGCUGUAAUCGCUGCUAUUGGUGCUUCAUUCAAAGUAUUGACUCAGGUUUGUGAAUACCUAUGUAAAUGAGAUAUUUCUGUAUUUUAUUUUCAAUAGAUAAUGUCUAAUAACAUGUUUUCACUUUGUCAUUAUGGUGUUUUGUUUGUAGAUGGUUGAGAAAAAAUCGAUGAAAUUCAUUUAGAAUUCAGGCUGUAACACAACAUACUUUCUGAAAACACUGUGUUCCUCUCAUGGGCAUUGUGAAACCACACAUAAUAUUUUAUCUACACCUGAUUUCUAAUAAUUUUUACUUUGAGAUUCCAUUCAAAUUCAAUUGCUCCAAAGGCUUUAAAGCUUUUAAUUGAUUCUGGACUUCAGGGAAUUCUCCCGCCAGUAGAAAUAGGAGUCUACGUCUUCCCCGGUCAACAGCUGUCCUGUGUCAAUCCUGAUAUGAUAGACUUUGAUGUGUUUUCACUUUUGAUGUGACUUUGAUCCACACAGAAUAAAUAAUAUUGUGGCCUAACAGUUUGCGCAUUCUAGCAUGUUUUUGUGAAGGAGGAUUUGUAUAUACAGCAUGGUUAUAUGACUAGGAAAUAUUGGUUAACACAAGAAAUGCAAUCUCCUUCAGCAGAAUCUGCUGAGACAAUAAAAGCACCCAUUAUUGGAUAUAGUCUAUUUUUACUAUUCAGGCGUGUUUACACCAUGAGGUUAUUACUGAGUUAGUGCUCAUUUUUAAUCCACAACAAUUAAUCACUUUUAAAGAGUAAAUCCUAUGCAGUCCAUGUUGAACUUAAUAUCCAUUGAUUUUGUGCUUGUUGGCUUGUGUUUCUAGGUAUUGCUCUCAGCGCCCUGCCCAUGUAUCUGGGCGAGAUAUCCCCCAGACACGUGAGAGGCUCCAUUGGCCAAUUCAACGCCAUACUCAUCUGCCUGGGGGUGUUCACCGGACAAGUCCUGGGACUUCCUGAACUUCUGGGCCAGGUUAGUACUGUUGGUGACGGAUUCCACGAUACGGUGCCAUUAUUAGGACGGUAA